GCAUUAGCUGAGGACUGAGGAGAGUGGGCUGGGUGGUGCUGCAGUGAUUCACUUCUUGCGACAACCAUCGGUGGACCGUGGGUACCUUCGUCGCAGCGACCACCAUGGCCUAACCUCAUAGGAGCAGCACAGGCAGCAGAAGCCAACUAUGAGGAUGGUGUAACAGCAAGAGGAGCUGCUCACUACUCAGGCCAUGGCUUUCAUGCUUCUUCUUUUUUUAAGAUUCCUCACCUUUUCCCUCCAUUCCUGUGAUGCCCAGGUCAUCAUUGGCACAUCCUCUUCAUUUGCUCCCCCUGAUCUUCCCAAAGACUCUCAACCUUCCAAGACAGAUGGAUAUCUGUCCUCUACGCCUCACAUUGGGCGCAGUGCUGAGCCAGCUAAGGUUACAAUGUGGGAUCAGCUGACAACAACAAAUGCAGUGCAGCGAGGACAAAUAAUACACCCAACUGCCUCUUCUAUGUCAACCCUUUCUUCUCAGACACGAAGCCAUGGGACAAACAUUAGUCAAGCGAGCAUCGCCAAGCCCAGGAUAGACCUAACUAACCACAGUGGGGCUUUGGCAAAAGAAAAAUCUGCCACAAAAAGCUUGUCGGCACCUGUGCUCACUUCACCCUCCAGUAAACCAGUGAUCGCCAUCAAUCCACCUGCAGAUACAAGUGAUUUGCAGGGGCUAGGAUCAGGAAGUACAACAUUGAUGCUUGAAAAAGAGGAAUUACUUCCUCCUGUGCCAACAACUGCUGAUUUAAUGGAGCACUAUCAAGCACACACACAGGCUAAAAGAUCUGAAGUACACAAUUCAUCAACUGUGGAGCCCCAUAUGUUGGCACUGACACCACAAACUGGAUCAAGAGCCUCACAGGCCACAGCUUCUGUUUUUGUGAUAACAGGUGAUCCUGCUGCAAAAACUCCUCUUUCAAAACAUGACUUGGGAGUUGCAGUGACUCUACACACACUUUCCACCACUACAGUUGGAUCCACUGGGAAACAGCCAGAGAUUCCUGGACAACCAGUUACCAAUCAAAACAGGAACAUUUCACAUUCAGUGACAGCGAUAGCAGCUACAACUACCAUAGCUAGUAUGCUUACAACUACUGAUAGGAAACGACAAACCAAAGCAACAAAUAAACCCAAUCAAACACACCUGGUAAAAAAGGGAACUAGGACGACCGUGCAGCCAACAGCAACAGUGAACUCGUCGGUCCUGACAACAACAGUGGCACCAGUUACGCAAACAAUCUUGGCCCCAACUUACCGCAUUGAUAUGAAGAACCGCUCCAUUUUGCUGGGUCAUCCUCAGCAAGUGCCUCACUCCACGUUUAACCCGUCCACUUCUGCCAGCAACGAACUCUCCCCAAAUGGCAGCCUUAUCUACUGGGGUGACCUGAGCAGGACUCUGGCUUUUGCUUGGGCCCUUCAUGUCUAUGGAUCAGCAAGCCUUUUCCUGCUUUUGUUUGGCGGAUCUGCACUUGGACUCAUCUUGUCACCUGGCUCAAAUUGUCCUCAUCGGGGGGCUCUUGCUCUCGCCAAUGCAUUUUUGUUUCUCGUUGGAGGAUUGAGAGCAUCCCUCUUUCUUAUUGAUCCCUACGGGACACAGAAAAUCCUUCCUCGCUCUGCAGUUGCGGCCAUUUACAAUUUGCCACUACACUUGCUAGUGUGGACACAAGCUACCCUGGCCCUACUGGCCUUGAAGGUGGCUGGAGUAAGAGCUUUACCUGCAACAUUAGAGCGUCCCCCCCUGGUGGCUGUGUUGGCUGUGCUGCAGUGCACUCUGCUGCUGGCAGCAGAUCUGCUUUCCCCAGCGCUGUCCCCUGUGGUGCCUGUUACCCUGCAAGUUCUGUCCCUGUGCUGGGGUCUGGGUCUGUGUUUCGGAUUCCUCUUUUAUGUGUUUCCUCGUAUACGAUGUCCUCCCAUACCUCACCCUGGAAUAACUGAAGAGGCCAAUAGAAAGGCUUGGUCAGGAAGCAGGAGCAAAGGGGUGAUUCUGGGAAAAGUACUGGCAGUUUGUGCAGUUUUAGGGGCUCUGUGCUGUGGGCUACAUGUUCAUGCCACCCUCUGGCUCUAUGGACUGCUAGGAGACUGGAUGAGUUUCAACUGGGGUUGGUGGCUGGUUCAUUUCUGGGCCAGACUGUUGGAGCUGGCCUGGGGAUUAUCCCUCCUACUCUUGGCUUCAUGGGUCUUUUGGAGGCCUCAAUGUUGCCAGCCAAGAGAAGAAGGUGGAGCAGGAGAUAAAAGAACAACAGGAGAGAUGCCGUCACCUGGCCAUUCUGGAGGCUCUUCUCAUAGACACACAUGCUGGUUCAAGAUAGUCCAAAGUCUCACGGGUAAGCCUUGCAGAAAGUCUGAUAGUAACGGUAUUGGAGGAGCAAGUACAGCAGAGGUUCCUAACAACUGGGCUGGCCACGAACGUCCUGGAACUGACAUCACAAAGAGUCUAAUCAGGAACCAGAAUCAUGAGCAAACAAUUGCCCAGCCACAGUGCAUCAAAGACAGCAACCGGGCACGCAACCACAGGGGCCACUCUGCAGAACGUGCCAUAUCUGAUGGUUCCGCAGGCUCCUUGCUGAGACUGCAGGCAAUGGACGUGCCUCGACAUCGCUCAGGAAGUGGAAGUCUGGAUCAAGAUAGGGACACAUCCCUUUCAAUGUGUGAGUUUGAUCUACGGCCCCCUUCUCCCAUUAACCUCACCCGCAGUAUCGAUGAGGCUCUGCACAGAGAACACCUGCUUGAAGGUGGUAGCCUGUUUCAUCCUUUAAACCUAACUUUACAAUCCCCCUCCCCUGGAUCAGGGGACAGUCCGGGGCCUUGGCUGCGCAGGAACAGUGACCCUCAAUUUUCUGAAAGCAGUGAGGCUCCUACAGAGUCCUCGAUGCCUUUGGGCGGCAGCAUUCUCAGCAGUGUGCCCAGCAGGCAGGUGACUGCGCCACCUACACCCUCCUACCAGGGUCACAGGUGGGCCGGGAACGAGGUGGGGAAUGUGCCCUCAUCAGUGUCCUGCCCCGUGUCACUUCAUCCCUCAAGAACAUCAACAGGACAUCUGGGGGAGGAUGGAGUGGAUGACACACGGCCCUUCAUUACACCAGACUCUGACCGGAGGCGGGGAAGGUCUGCGAAGCCCGUGGGUUCACACAGUUACCUUGAGGUCAGCCGACACGACGACUCUGCUAGUGUGAGCAGUGAAAUUAUUGACUUAUGAACAGAUUCUGUUCCUACCAAAAACUGAAGCUAUGAAGCAGAUAUCAAACGACAAUGGCACUUCAGCUUACAAUCUCAAUAGGUUCCACGACUGAGUUUGUAACUCAAAGCAAUUGUAUCUCAAAUCAGUUGCGCCUUUUGAAAUUAAUUUAAUCCCUUUAAUCCUGCUUGGCCCUCCCGAAACAUGUAACAGACAAAUGUAACAUGCCUUUUAAAAAUAAAAAUUAUAAAUAGGAAAUAUUGUUGGAGAAACAAUACAAUAGCGUGUACCUACUAACAACUAUAUUAGUAACAGUAUUGUUCAACAUUUACAUUUGGGAGCAGACUUGUUUGGGUCUCUUGGUGUCUCUUAAGAGCUGCUUCUCUGUUGGGUAACAAUAUGAAUUGUUAUUGCUGGUUAUGUUGCACACGGACGCUCUCACCGUGUGACGGACCAGAGGUCAGUGUUGACAGCAAGUUGUGUCUGUGUACCAAUAAAGGUAAUUUUCAAUAGUCCAAUUUGUUGAUUCAGGUCUAAACUGAACAAACUAAAACAUGUCAAACACAGCAUCGGGAUCUUAUCCAUAUUUUCGUGAAUAACCUUUCGCAGCUUAUGGCCGCAGAGGCUAGCUGCGGUUGUUGUGACGUAGGCUGACACUGACUCCCCGGGUCGGCUAACCGGUAGGACAUUUUUUAGUGGUUAGUUUCUCUGAUUCGGCCUUCCGCUUCUUCUCCUUUACACAGACUUUCCCAAUUCCGGUGGUUGGAGGGCAGAAUCUGUGGACAAAUGCUACUUCAACCACGGCAGUGGAGAGGCUCGUAUCUCAAAUUAUGCUGGCAACCUAAAGUAUAACAAAAAGCUCAGAGACACCUUUCAUCUCAAAAUACUUGUAAAUUGAGGUACUACUGUAAUUCUAAAUUAACUUCAGUAUGAACAAAGAAAUGUAUCACUUGGUGAUGGACUAAAAAAAUCCUCUUAUUUGCCUUGUUUACGAGGUUUGAAAAUAUACAGUGUACUCUACUCGAAUACGAGUAAAUAGAUUUACAUCAAGAAAUUGCUGCUUAUAGGAACAAUCCUUGACAUCAGAAUUAUCACAUUUGAAGGCAAAAUUGUGCUCCUCUAGGUCCCAUCAUUAUUGUUUCUUCAUGUACAUAUCAAUAAGUGCUUUUGUUUACUUUUGUUCAUUGUCCUGGGAAUUUCAUUUCGAUUGAGCUUUUGUGUAAUGUAAAUAUAUGUGCCAUACAUGGUUUUGGUUUGUUCUUUGGUAUUGUAAUGGUUAUAUAAGCUCAUCUUUACAGUGUCUAAGGACAUGGUGGCUCGACAACAAUUUCCAAGCUAAUAUGCUGUCCUCUCUGCUUUGGGACUGAUAACAUAUUGAGGAAGUAAACAAUAGCCAGCGAUGCAGACGCCAUAACUUACAUAACAUGUUCUUGCCUGUAGGUGAUUAUCCGCCUUAGUGGAUGUCAUGUAAAACUAUUUUCUUCCAUAUAUUAUAUCACAAUGAUACAAUGCCCAUGACUGCAUUUAUCAGGAGUUAAUUAGUAGUACUGAUUAUACAUGCGGCCCUAGUGGAAUUAUAGAAUCCAUGACUGCUUUGGUAAAAACAAAUAUAUUUAUGUGUGUGUGUGUGUGUGUAUUUACAGCCAAAGACUGAUUCGCCAUGGACUCACUAAUGCAACACUUAACUUUACAUUGAAGCACUAGAAUGAAGUAUUUUACUAAAAAGAAAAGUAUCUUUCAAAAAUAUGUAGGAAUUAUGUAAAUACUGGUAUUUUUAUGUUAAAUAAAGGUAUAUUCGAAACUGUCUUAUUUGUCAAUGUGAAAGACAAUCGAAAGUGUUCCUUUUGUUGGCAGAGUGCCGUGUCGUGGUUUUGUUAGUUUAUUCAGGCAAGGACAAGUGAGGAAUAAAAUAUUGAUGCAGGUAUUGCGAUUACAUCAAAUUACAAACGUUAUCCUUAAACUGACAGCAUAUAGCAUUAGCUUGUAUGUGUUAAUUGGAAUAUUGUUUUUUCAGUAAUUAUUUCAAGUAGUGAUUUUUUUUCCUUUCACUGGUUAGAAACCAUAUUGAAUAUGUCUCAUGUAUCAUAAAACCCAAACCAAUGACCUACAGUUCUUUUGAUGACCUUUGGAGUGAUGCUUGGAUUGUUAUUUGUGGUAUUUUCAGCUUAAUGGCCUUGUGUUGUGGUCUACAUUCCAAUCAAACUGUAAUACUUUGUUGUCUUGCUUUUUGCUGUUACUCAUAUUUCGUCCUGACUAGAGUGGGACCUCCAAGUGUGUUAGUGGUGCCCCUUCAGCAAAGAAUAUGUGCCAUAGAAACGCACUCCAUGUGUCCAGCCUAGUGUGUAGUCACUGUGCGGAAAUUCAGUAUUUGGCUCAUUGAGCAUUUGUUUCCUUCAUUUUACUGCAAUGUAUGUCUGGAUUCAAAUAAACAUGAAAU